GCACAGCCUCUUCUUCCAUCUCAUCUCUCUCUUUCAAAGGUGGAGUCUUUGGCUUCUACACUACUCUGCGCUCUUUCUACUGGUGUUCUGUUCUCGACGAGGAGGAGAAGAGUCGAGAUCGGACGAUGUGUGGCGGAGCGAUCAUCGCCGACUUCAUCCCCACCGCGCGGUGGGUCACCUCAGACUACCUGUGGCCGGAUUUGAAGAAAGGGGGUGGCAAUGGGGCCAGGAAGAAGAAGAUUGGGGACCGCCGGGCUGCGUCGGAGAUCGCGGAGGAUGAUUUCGAGGAUGAAUUCCCGGAGUUCGACGGCGAGUUGAUGGAGUUCGGCUUGGAGGACGAGGUGGAAAUCGUCGAAGCCAGUCCCAAGCCCUUCGCUUUCAACACGAAAUUAGAUGGGCCACUCGCUUGCAACAACGUAGGAUUUAAUGGACCUGCAGCAAGGUCUGCAAAAAAGAACAGGAAGAAUCGAUACCGAGGAAUCCGACAGCGUCCUUGGGGCAAAUGGGCAGCUGAAAUUAGAGAUCCUCGGAAAGGUGUUCGAGUCUGGCUUGGAACCUACAACACUGCUGAAGAAGCUGCCCGAGCAUAUGAUUCAGAGGCUCGACGAAUCCGAGGCAAAAAGGCCAAGGUGAAUUUCCCUGAUGAGGCGCCACCAAGCAUUCAAAACAUUUCACCGAGUUUGAAUGCCCCAAAAAUUUCAUCAGAGAAGCUCAAUUUUAUCCAGAAUGUGAACUACUUGAAUGCACCACCCUAUCAGGAUACAUGUUCUGUUUUCGACUUUAUGGAUGAUAAGGAACCAGUCAAGCAAUCCAUAAACACGAACUCCUUUACCGAGAAGAAGCGAAAAUCUCCUGAUGAUGAUUGUGCAAAUGACAUUCAUUCUGAUGGAAGAUGCAACUCUUUCGAUAGUUCUGAAUACGUUUGGGAAAGUGAGGCUAAGACACCCCCCGAGAUCACGUCGAUUAUUGCUGGAGCAAAUGGUGGCGAUGUAGCAGCAACAUACCUAGGAGUUUCUGUCGAGAACUCAUCGGAAAAUUUGUCUAAGGAAUUGUCUGUUCUUGAGUCAUACAUGAAAUUUCUGCAAGAACCAUAUCUGGAGGGGAGCCCAGAUGUAUUGCCUGAAAGCCUUCUUAUUAGUGAUAUGAUUCAGGAGGUGAACGACGAGGAUCUUUGGAACUUCAAUGACCUUAUGCCAAUGCCAGUGAAUGGUUACUGAGGGAUCUCAUUCUGUAAAUAGUAUGCAAGUGUAUAAUUUUUAAGUGCAUAAUCUGUUUUCACUUUCUGAAAAAACUCGUCUCUUCAAUUUUGUUUCAGGAAUCGCGUUGGAAGCCUGGUGAAAUAGGCACAUCAGCUUAUAUAUGGUUAUGCGAUGUUGCCUUGUAAUUCUCUAUUUGAGUACUGAACUCCGGUGUGUGUUGUAGCGAACUGUUUGCUAUUGUGUAGAACCUCAUAUUUCCGUAUGAUGGUACUCUAUGUUUAUUGAUAAAUAAUGCUACUUGUUUGUGCUUGUCUAGCCA